AUGAGACUGUAUCUCUCUGCAGGCCUCGUUAGUGGUGCGCUAAUGGUAUCUGCUGCCUUCGCCCUGGCUUCUGGAGAACUGGAUACUGUGGCACUUGGCGCACUCAAGAAUCAGCGCCCACCCACCGGGAGAUUGCUGAGAGGCGGCGCGGACGAAGGAAUGACCCAGGAAGAAGAACGGACUGGUCCUUCCACAAGCGCAACGGGGAGCAUGCUACAGUCUGCCCAUGAUGCUCUCCACAAAGCUUUCACGGACUUGGGACUGCAGUUGCCGAAAGUCGAGAACGGCAAAGUCGAUGAAAAAGCGGCGGAAGCGUUUUGGUCGAGUCCGGCACUUCCGAAGUGGUUUAAGAGCACAAAGGGUCUUGCGACGCCCUCGGAGUUUGCGGCAUAUCGCUACCUCAUGACGAGACUCUCCUCAGGAGACUUGGCAACGAUAAUCCACCACCAGGCGACGAAACCUCUUACCAGGUUUCGUGAUGCGGUUGCGGGUCUGAUGAAAAUGCCUAAAAGCUUGCCUCGCCAAGUGGAGGAAAUGCAGUUUGAGUGGUGGAGAUGCAAACAUUACUUCUUAGAGUACGUUCUAAAAGAUAUUCUUCGCCUAAGCGAAGAAGAAGUGGGGCAUCCGAUUUUGAAGAGGUACACCACGUACGUAAGGGACAUUGUAAAAGACAUUUGGAUUCCGUAA